AAAAUUUAAAAAAAAUAGUUAUAGGAUAAAUCGAUAAAACAAACUGCGAAGACAACUUUUAGGUAAAUACCCGAAAGCACGACACUUGGACACCAUUACACCUCAGGGCAUAAUUGAAAAAGAUGAGCAGUUCAAACAUAUCUCCAGACACAGAAGAUGAAAAACCAACUAGAGGACAAUGGGGGAGAAAAAUUGAGUACUUUUUAACAAUGCUUGGUUUUACAGUUGGUUUGGGAAACUUGUGGCGCUUUCCAUAUAUCUGUUUAAGGAACGGUGGAGGUGCAUUUCUGAUACCGUAUUUCAUAUGUUUGCUUUUAUUUGGCAUUCCUCUGUUUUUCUUGGAAACUGCUGCCGGACAAUUUUCAGGCCAAGGACUUCUGCAUGUCUGGGAGGUAUGCCCGAUAUUUAAAGGUGUUGGCAUUGGUAUGGCAAUAAUGAAUGUCAUCUGCGGUCUUUACUAUAAUACCAUUCUUGCAUGGACUAUUUACUACAUUGCCAAUUCGUUCAUUAGUCCUUUACCUUGGACGACAUGCGAUAAUACUUGGAAUAGUCAACAAUGCGUAACUGAUCGUGGUGUUCUCAAUCAAGGAAAAAACUUUACCACUCAAAAUCAAAAUUUAACGAUUAAAUUGCUCAACAUGGAUGUCGAUAACAGAACCACUUAUAAUGAAUACACGUGGAAAAAUGACACUUCAAAGUUGAUGACUGCUCAAGAGGAAUUCUGGCAGUAUAACGUUCUUCAGAUGUCUUCUGGAAUACACGAUAUUGGAGACCUAAACUGGCGAUUGGCGUUGUGCUUGUUUGGGGCAUGGUUACUCAUCUGCGUGUGUUUAAGUAAAGGUGUAAAAUCUGUUGGAAAGGUUGUUUACGUUACCGCCACUUUACCGUAUAUUCUUCUAACUAUCGUUCUCGUCAAAGGAUUAACCCUAGAUGGAGCUAUCGAUGGAGUAAUAUUAUAUUUGAAACCAGAUUUUAGCAAAUUGCUUAAAUUGCAGGUAUGGAUGGAAGCUUCUAUUCAAGUUUUUUAUUCUCUUGGUGCGACUUGGGGUCCGUUGUUUACAAUGGCUAGUUUCAAUAAAUUUAAAAACAACUGUUUGCGCGAUUCCAUUAUUCUCUCGUUUAUUGGAGAAGGAACCAGCGUUUAUGCAGGGUUAAUAAUAUUCACAGUUUUAGGAUUCAUGUCUGCACGUUUUUCGCUACCACUUGACAAAAUUGUAACAUCAGGACCAGGACUGGGAUUUAUAGUAUACCCUGAAGCUUUGGGUCAACUGCCAGAACAAAAUAUAUGGUCGGCUUUAUUUUUUGUGAUGCUGCUUACUGUCGGGUUAGACACCCAGUUUGCACUUUGUGAAGUUGCAAUAGUUGCCUGUACAGACAAUUUUCAAUGGUUACGCAGUCGUAGAGUAAAGUUUGUAAUUGUCGUCUGCUUUGCCAAUUUUCUCUGCGGAGUGAUAAUGACAACAGAGGGAGGCAUAUAUAUAUUUCAAGUCAUAGACUGGUAUAUUGCUGCAUUUUGUCCAGCAGUGUUUGGUAUCAUAGAGUGUAUCGUGUUUGGCUGGAUUUAUGGAUUAGACAGAUUUUCACGUGAUGUUAGACUCAUGUUAGGAAGAGUAAUACCAAUAUUCUUAAGAAUUUGCAUAUGUUUCAUUACACCAUCUAUACUUUUAGCAGUAUUGGUAUAUAGUAUAACUGCGUAUCAGCCGCCGACAUAUGGAUCUUAUAAAUAUCCAGAUGCAGCGGUAGGAUUUGGAAUAUUUGUAUCGGUGUUUCCUUUGAUACCCAUCAUUGUGUGUGCUUUCAUAGUUGUACAAAAUAUGCCUGGAGAAACAUAUACACAAAAAAUAACAACAGCUUUCAGGCCAUCAUUAAAAUGGAAGCCAGCUAUUAAAGAAAUCCAAAGUGAUUACUAUGAAAAUGGAACAGUAAAGCAAAUGCGUUUUUUUGAAAAAGUGAGGCUUAACAUAAUUGGUGAAAAAAAUUAGGAGCCAACUAAAUGAGCUGCAAGAAUAGAUGUUAUAUUAAUUGUCAUGAACACUUUAGUGUCUAAACGAAGAUCUUUUGACCGUUCUCGCUACAUGUUUUGAUAGAUUUAUUACCCACCAUUUCAUAAUGUUCCUUUCGGUCAAGGAUAUUUCUAAGAAUAGCAAUAGAAUAAUAUCAGUUGAUAAAUAUAUUUUUUCAAAGGUA